UGGAAAGUUCUACUUUUCAGCUUUCGAACGAAAUUUAGUGUAAACAAUUAUUAAAAUAACAACAAUGGCAGCAAAAAAGAAGUUAAGCAAGGAAGAGUUGAGGAAAGCGAUGUUGGAGGCUAAGAAAAAGCACAGUUCUAUAAAAAAAAUAGAACACCCACUUGCCAGAUACAACGAGCUGGAUCAGCUUGUGUGUAUUUUAUGCAAAAUUCAGGUACGCAACGAAGCUGUGUGGCCAGUUCAUUUAAACUCAAAGUCACACAAAGAAAACAUCGAAAUGGCUAAGAAGACAAAGUUAGAGGCUGCUCGACCUAUGAAACCUCCACAACCUGUGGCAUCAAAUAAAAGGCCAGCCACGUCUCAAUCACAGCAUCAGGAACCUAAGAGAGUCAAGGGAAUUUUAAAAAAUUCUGGACAACCUCCACCAAAUGUCAAAGCAAACUUGCCAUCAGACUUUUUUGAUAGUUCUUCGACUGUCAGUAGCGGUAGUGGUGGUGGUACAAUUGUGCCAAAAGAUGCUUUAGCAAAUGGUGCAUCUACAACAAAUGGUCGCAUGGAGGUUGAUGGUUCAGAGGAAAAAACAUCAGAAGUAAAAGAUGCUAAGGAAGAUAAUCAGUCUGCCCUUCCAGAAGGUUUUUUUGAUGAUCCAAUACAGGAUGCUAAGGCUCGUAAUGUUGAAUACAAAAAUCCUAUUGAAGAGGAAUGGGAGAGGUUUCAAAAAGAAAUUAAAGAAGAGACAGCACAAUCAGCACAGAUUAUCGGAGAUGACCAGGAGGAGGCUGCUACAGAAAGGCAGCUUGAUGUAAUUGAAGAGCAACUGAGAAAUUGGUCCAGAGUGAUGGACUUGGUGAAACAAAAAGAACUUGUUAAGACAGCUGAUAAGAAGCAAGAUAACAGUGAUUCUUCCAGCGAUGGAGAAGAUUACGAUGAAUUUUUAGAUUGGAGGGCAAAGAAAUCGUAUCGUGGGUGAU